UCGACGGAUCAACCCCCCCAAACGCCCGGAUGAGAGACGACGUUCAGCGCAACAUGGUCGCAUGAGUUAGCCCAGUGGAGUGCAACCAUUCAGGGGGGCGUCGAACCAGCAGCCACUGCAGGAAUCUGACAUUUUCCCCGCAAACCCCCGCAGAGCAGAGCAGAGCAGAGCGGUGCGGGCACGCAGCGCAGCAGCGGCCAGAGGCGCGGAAGACCAGGGACGGUGGUGCGUUCACGGUGUCCUAUUUCGUGGGUGAAAGAGCGUGCAGACAGGCUGCCUCACACUACGCUAUGGAAUGCUCCCUGCUCCCACCAUCACUAGUCUCCAGUCUUUGGACUAACCUCAAAACACUUAGUUAGCAGCUGUGCUUCUCCCCUCGAACUCUUUCCAACCAGGGGACAAAGAAACGGAGCGAGCUAGUCCUCCACUGAAAACGCACAGAGCACUUCUUGUAUUGAGUUUUUUUUUCUUUUGGGAAUAUUUAAGCUAGAUUUACCCUUUUUUUUUUCUUGGAUUAUUUUUGUUUGUUGCCGUGGAAUCAUAUCAAGAUGGAUCUGGAGUCGUAUCUGUGGAUGGUCAUUCUUGGCUUUGUUAUCGCCUUCAUCCUGGCAUUUUCGGUGGGAGCCAACGAUGUGGCGAACUCGUUCGGCACGGCGGUGGGCUCUGGCGUGGUCACGCUGAAGCAGGCCUGCGUCCUGGCGUCCAUCUUCGAGACGCUGGGCUCCAUGCUACUCGGAGCCAAAGUGGGGGAGACGAUCAGGAAAGGCAUCAUAGAUGUUAGUCUCUACAACGAAACGGUGCCCGUGCUCAUGGCAGGGGAGGUCAGCGCCAUGGUUGGGUCGGCGGUCUGGCAGCUGAUCGCCUCCUUCCUCCGACUGCCCAUCUCUGGGACUCACUGCAUCGUCGGCGCCACCAUCGGCUUCUCCAUGGUGGCCAUCGGCACCAGGGGCGUGCAGUGGAUGCAGCUCGUCAAGAUCGUGUCUUCUUGGUUCAUUUCCCCUUUACUCUCUGGACUCAUGUCUGGACUCCUCUUCAUGCUUAUCAGACACUUCAUCCUGAACAAGGAUGACUCCGUCCCCAACGGGCUGCGAGCCCUGCCUCUCUUCUACGCCACCACCAUCGGGAUCAACACCUUCUCCAUCAUGUACACUGGAGCUCCAUUGCUGGGGAUAGAGAUGCUGCCAGUGUGGGCCAUAUUUCUGAUCACCUUGGCGGGGUCGCUGGUCUGCGCAGCUGUAGUCUGGAUGAUCGUCUGUCCCUGGAUGAGGAGGAAAAUAGCAAGUCGAUUAAAGAAGGAGCAGGCUCUGUCCAGGAUCUCAGACGAGAGCCUGGACAAGAUCCCCGAGGAAGAGGAGGAGAGUCCCGUCUUCAAAGAGCUGCCGGGGGCCAAGGGCACGGACGAGGCCGUGCUUCCGCUCACCGGGGGCGGCGGCGACCGCAGCACCCGCGACUCCAACGUGGAGCUCACCAGCCUGGCCAACGGGGGCACGGUCCUGCCCAACGGCAGGGUCUACGGUCGGACCCACUCCAUGACCAACGGCUGCCUCAAGUCCCCGGUCUCCAACGGCAGCUUCAGCUUCGACGGCCACACGCGCAGCGACGGCCAGGUGUACCACACGGUGCACAAGGACUCGGGUCUCUACAAAGACCUGCUCCACAAGAUCCACCUGGGCCGCAUGGACGAUAAUAUCCGCUCGGGCUCCGGCGCCGGCCCGGCCGACAACAACUACCGCCUGCUGCGCCGCAACAACAGCUACACCUGCUACACGGCCGCCAUAUGCGGCAUGCCCGUGCAGCCCAUCAUCCGCUCGGAGUCGCGCGACGACAGCGAGAAGCUGGUGGGCGAGGGCGGCGGCGGCGGCAGGAGCAACAGCGUGUCUUACACCAAGAAGCGGAUCCGCUACGACAGCUACUCGUCGUACUGCAACGCCGUGGCGGAGGCCGAGAUCGAAGCGGAGGAGGGCGGGGUGGAGCUGAAGCUCGCCACGGACCUGGAAGGGACGGACGAAGACGGAUCCCCAGCUCCGAUACCUCUGGACGACCUAACGGAGGAAGAUCGGGAGGAGAAGGACAAGCCGGAGGUGUUCCUGCUCUUCCACUUCCUGCAGAUCCUCACCGCCUGCUUCGGAUCCUUCGCCCACGGUGGCAACGAUGUCAGUAAUGCCAUCGGCCCCCUGGUGGCGCUGUGGAUGAUCUAUGACCAGGGAGGUGUGAUGCAGGACGCCGCCACCCCCAUCUGGCUCUUGUUCUACGGCGGUAUCGGCAUCUGUGCCGGUCUGUGGGUGUGGGGCCGCCGCGUCAUCCAGACCAUGGGGAAGGACCUGACUCCCAUCACGCCCUCCAGCGGAUUUUGCAUUGAAGUAAUGAGUGCGCUAACAGUCCUUGUUGCAUCAAAUGUGGGCAUCCCAAUAAGCUCCACCCACUGCAAGGUGGGCUCGGUCGUGGCCGUGGGCUGGAUCCGCUCCCAGAAGGCCGUGGACUGGCGUCUCUUCAGGAACAUCUUCCUGGCGUGGUUCGUCACGGUGCCGGUGGCCGGGCUCUUCAGCGCCGCCGUCAUGGCCCUGUUCGUCUACGGCAUCCUGCCCUACGUGUGAGGGCCCCGCGGCUGGGAGGGGGAGCGGAGGAGGAAGGCGAGCGGCACGGAGGGAAACUCGGGUGAAAACCGUAGCUUGAGUUUGGAGGUGGCAGGAAGGAGAGGAGAGGAGAAGGAAGUGAAGACGGGGAAUGUGGAGAAGAGCAGACGAGUUGGAGGGAGCUGCAGAUGUUUACAAGUGGACUUGGUUGUACCGUGGUUGUGGGGGGGGAGGGUUGGUUCACGCUCUGUCCGGCUCCGUUGUCUCGAGGUCUUUUUGACUUUUGAGUUUAUAAUAAUUGUUUUUUUCUUUUAUUUAUUCUCUUAAUGAGAGGGUGGGUUGCAUACGAAGUCUGUCACUCAAUCUGCUGUAUAUAAAACAACUUACCAGUAACCUUUAACGAGAACGAUAUCUGCUGGACAAAACGAGAGCCGCCGUUUUCAGCUUCUGCUAAAAAGAAUCAUGAUUCUCAAAACAGCUUACGACUAAAAUAAUAUUUCAAAAAGCGGUCACUUCUGACAACAUUUCCUCAAGUCAAACCUUUCAUCAUUCUUCCUGCAAUAUCGGGUAGCAUUGUUGGUCCGGUGCUCGUCAUAAUCAAUAUUCCAAAAAGAAAAGAAAAGCUUGUACAUAUUGUUAAGGUGGAUUAUGAUUUGUUGUAUUGCAGCUUGCUUUAACACAAAAGAAGAAAAGGUGUGUGCGUUUGUGUGGGGGUCAAACCAACCCGCCCAGCAUCGUAUCGGCGCGCAGGUACAACCGGGGCCAAAUGGGAAGGACGAUGGCGCAUCUGUCACUCUGCUCCGUGUUUAUUUUCCACAUGAUACCAUAGAAACCUAAUUUACUAAAGAGCCGAUUUUUGUCAAGCGCUCCUGUAUGUUUUUAGAGAUGGAUCUCAUAUUUUUAAUGAUGUAUUAUACUGUAAUUUGUACUGUAAAUAAUGUCUUUAUGGAGUUGGGCGGCGGGAUGGGGAUCGCAGCUUUCUUUUUAAUGUAGUAGAUGGAGAGGGGAGGGAGAGGGGGGUCCUUACCUCAUGAUCUUAUCAUUUUACCGAACCUUUUCUUUGCCCAUUGCUCAUAGCAAAAAAGAGAAGAAAAAAGACACACUAAACCGGUUUAUUCGGGGGUUCCUUCUCGGUAUCUAUAAUACGGUAUUGUUCCCUCCUUGAGAAAAAAAAAAGUGCAGUUGUUUUUUUGUUUUUUUUUUAGAGAAUGAGGGACGGAGAGGUUGUUCUUUUUCAGAGCAGAUCCAUGCCAAAGUAACUCUUACCAUUUCAGCAUGUCAUUUUAACGUAGCAAAAAUCUGUGUUUAGGUGCAUCAGAGGCCAAAACACGAUGCGUGAGCUGAGACGUUUGAAAAAGAGAAAAAGAAAAAAAAAGAACUAACAAGGUCUCGUAUGACGUUCACAUACCUUCAUCCCUUUUGCCUUUCAUUUCAUACGUAAUGCUCCGUCAUAUCGUCGGCCCCCUGCCAGGGACGGACCGCGGCUCUCCAGACUCGCGUCCCGGGGUUUUUCUUUCACAUCCCCUCCAUGUGACAAAACCGGUUGUGGGGGGGGGGGGAACCUCGUCAUGCUACAUAGCAAAUGUGUCAUAUCAAACAGUGAAAUAUUAAACCGUUGUAUUAUAACGCAGCCAGCUGUGCAGAUGUGGAGAGGCUGCAGAUUCAACUGCACACUGGUUUUGUUGAGGUGCGGCGGCAUCUCUCGCUUCAGUCUCAGUCUCAGCGUUGGUUUGAUGCCGAGGGCUCAGUUAAAGACGCACAACAUAUAUCGAGUCUUUUGCCUGACGAUCCAUGUUUCUGAGAGAGACGGUAUUUUCGACGGGGAGGUACAACUGAUCAUCACCAGCUUUUUAAACCGGGGUCACGUGACCUGUGGACGAACAAAGUCUAAAACUUUUUUUUUCUUUUCUUUUGAACAAAUUCGAUGCAAGUUCUUUUUAUUGUGGUGUUUUUUCUUUUUUUGUUUGUUUUUGUUUUUCAUGAACAAAUCUAUGCUUAAGUAGCCACAUGCCUUGUAACGUUGUGUUUUUACUUACUGUGCAGAUACAGUCAAAUAAUUAAGUACUGUGGUGUUUACAUCGUAACCAUAUUGUAGAGUAUCUGUGAAAAACAAAAAAACAACAAAAAAAACAAAACCGUUGCCUAAUGAUGCCAAUGAAAGACAAACUAUUAACCAUGAAUUUUUAAGUGCAAGUAAAAGAAAAUUAACCAGAAGUGUCUAGAGUAUAAGAGUGAGAGCAAAUGUGUGCGCGAUUACUUUUUAUUUUGUUUUAUGUUUUGUUUUUUGUUUUGUUUCCCGUUUGUAGUAGUAGCGCUAAUCAUGAUCAUUGUCACUUUACACAGCUACUACAAUGUGUUAACAGUACAUGUAUGGGUGCAAUUCAGUAACCAGAAGAAUAACUAGAGAAAUUUCAUCAAAACUAUAUAUUUUUCUACCAUAUCUGAGUUUUAACCUGGGUGCGCUUCCGGACACUUUGGAGGAGACAUCGUGGGCUUGCCGGGGAAAAAUGGCUAAUUCUGGUGGGGGGGGGGCUCAGUGUUUGCUAGACGGUCGCCAUGGCAACCCUGUGAGAUGGACUUGCGUCAGCGCCCCGCCGGUGCCGCGUGCCACACUUCCCCAGAGCUCCGGUUUGUUUCUCUGAUAUGUAGAUUGACGUGUUGGUUGCCAGUAGAUCAGACUUUUAAAACUUACCAUUUUUAUUUUUGAACUUCAGAUGAAAACACUUUGUAAUUUUGUUUCCCUGCUGCUUCGAUCAUGAGCUCCGAGUGGAGGACGGCACCUUUUUUUUUUUUUUUCUUCUUUUUUGUGUAGCCAUGUUGAAAUGUAGAGAGAAAUAGCUCUUGUAAAAAAAAAAAAAGAAAAACGAGAACUGGACUGUGAGCACAUUUGCUUGCUCGGUUUUGGCAGCUGAACUCUCUCGAAGCUCAUGACCUUUUAUCUGCCACAGGCUGCGUGUUACACAGGGGGCCGCACGGGGCCGGUGUGUUUACAUCCUAGUGCUACUCGCCGCUUUUCAAAGUUGCAUGCUCUCUUUUAAGUAAGUGGACAACAUAAAUGUGAGCCUCUAGAACACCGCAGUUAAAAUCUGAUACAAACUCCGCCUGAAGAGUCUCCAUAAACCAUAAACUGUGUUUUCCGAACUUCCAGAGAUGACCCAAACAUCUCUUUCACCAGCUCUGGGUCUGCAGUGGUCGUUUAUUUGCCAAAAAGUUUUUUUUUUAUUGUCCGCUGAACAGCUAAAAGUGCAUUGGGCAGUAUUCCAAGAUGUUGUCGACACCUGUUAGUGAAAAUUGUGAGAUGUGUCCGUUUAAAUGUGGGGGGAAAACUCCAAGACCUAUUUUUCAGCUUUUUACAGCAUGGGAAAAAAAAGAAACUUUCCAUCUCCUGCUUUCGUGUAAGCCGUAUCAAAUUAUUUCUACACAUCACCACCAUGCUCAUCAGGCCUCCUGUGUGACUCGCACUCAUUCUUUUUGUUGGUUUGUUUUUGUUUCUCAUUCAUUCUUAGUCCUGAUAGGCCAACAGGGGGUUGCACUGCACAAGAUGGGGAAGGAAAGUGGAAGGAAAAAAAAAAGCUAUUCUCACACGGCAGCGGUGAGGACAGCUUGCUGAUUUUGCUCAAAUACUUGACAAAACUUUGUAUUUAAAUAUACAAGCCUUUGGAAAUGUUCUAUUAUAAACAAAAACAAAAAUAAGUAUUUACCAAAAAAAAAAAAUGAUGAAAGAUUCAGUUUCAUCAGAACUGUUGUGCUUUGAUCAGAAUUAAUAAUCCGCUCUUUUAUGCACAAAAACAAAGCCACUAUGAAGGAGUGACGAAAGCACAAAUUCAGAAACCCCUAAGUCAUAAACCUUUGCAUUUUUGACCUCCAUGUCUUGAUUCAGUACAUUAAAUAUAACAAAAUAUUACAUAACUUUUUGUCAGAUGGGUGCAGCCACUAGAUAGCGCAGUUUGACACUUUCCUCCCCUUUGAGAAAGACAGCAUUUUAGACCCUUUCAGUGUAAGUCAACGAGUGACGGAAUUGCCAUUGAGGGAGUAACUGUGUUUAUACUGCAUUUUAACUUUAAAAUAAAAAAUAAAAAGAGGGCGAAACACCAAACAGAAUGUGCCAUUUCUUCCUCCCUGAAUGUGCAAUACAGACUCUUUGUUGUGAAGGUGUAACUACAUCGCUGUCACUGUGGUGAAAUAGCGCCCUCUCCUGGUCAUGUGGAGUUAGCAGCACCUCUCAGAGGAGGAUGAGAGGAGGAUGAAGGUGGAGGAGGAGGAAGAGGAGGUGCAGGGCAUCAUUGAGACCUCCUGGAUGUGGCGUGCUGUCUUCUCUGGUCUUCUAGUCUGUUUUGUAGUAGAAUGUGCUCCUUGGCUGGCCUGCAGGCUUUACAGCUCUGUGUUGUCUUUUUACUAUUUACUGCUACUUAACUGUCCGGUCCUUGAAACGUAAAUAAUAAUUAUUAUAAUAAUAAUAACAAUAACAACAAUGAUAUAAAAAAAAAACAAAUACAUUUCAAAAGAAACUGUAGCCUGCUUCUACAAAAUCUUAAAAGCUUCUUCUGAUUUGCAUAUAUCGUACUGUAAUGUUUUAUUUAAGAUUUUAGUGGAAAAAAACAAAUGUCUGCAUUGAAACUAAAUUAUGGGAAUUAAAAUUACAAAGAACAACUAAA